AGCCUUGCAGGGUAUUAGUGCAGAGGCUGAUUCCCUGCGCAAGUUGCCAGCAAUUCCAGCGAUGGAGGGCCCGUGGUCCUGUCUCUUCUACCUCUACGGGGUCCUUGUGGAUGCUCUCUCCCUGUGUGAGAGUCCCGUGAAGCUGCAUGCCAGUGAGCUAAACCGAGACCAGUAUCUUGGCAGAUGGCUCUUCAUAGCGGCAGCUUCAUCAUCUCCUUCCUCGCUGGCGACAUUCACCACCACCGACAGCACCGUAUUUAGCAUGACUCAGAGCAAAAGUCCGGAGCAGUUGCAACUACAGGCUGCCAUCCAAUUGAAGACCGGUCAGUGUGUUCCCAGAUCAUGGAUUUACUUGCUUAAGGACCAAAGUGCUGAUCUGGCUACAGAAGGCCGGCCCCACAUGAAGACAGAGCUGUUCUCUGGCAAGUGUCCCAACUCCAUCAUUGUUCAGGAAACAGACCAAGACUAUCAGAGGAUCCUUCUGUAUUCCCGAGUUCUCCAUCCUGCUGAGGACUGUAUUGCUGAUUUCAAGGACAAAGCUGCCUGCCUUGACAUGGACGAAUUCCUGCUUAUACCCAGGACCCAAGGGACCUGUGGAUUCCAAGAACCUUGACCCUCAAACUCUUGGGUUAGACAACCAGGGCCCACUGAGGGAUGACGGGAGCCAUCAGUCAGCAUGUUGUCCAAGACCCCAUCAAACCUGGAGACUGCCCAGUGUACCUCAAAAAGACCAGUAAGAAACAUAAGAACUGCCUCAUACACAGUCUGACUACUGGUCCAUCUAGGUCAGUAUUAUCUAUUCUGACUGGUUGUGACUGUCCAGGAUUUCAGGCAGGGCAGAUUCCCUGCCAUACCUGCAGACACCGGAGAUUGAACCUGGGUCCUUUCUACAUGCAAAGCAGAUGCUUAGCCACUGAGCUGCAGCACUUCUGGAGCUGCAGACAGACUUCUCUGACAGGCAGCUGGCUCAGCAAUAUCAAUCUCUCCCUGGAAUGUACAACUGUAUUGUGCAUUCUUCCCUAGGGUGUGUUCUUCAGGCCACACUCUCAAUUCAAGUAGAGAAAAGAAUGAACACCUUGGGGAAAAGGCCAUAGGUUAGGUGAUUGUUGUUGUUAUGUGCCUCCAAGUCGACUACGACUUAUGGCGACCAUAUGAAUCAGUGACCUCCAAGAGCAUAAAUACUAUGCACGGUGUGGAGAAAGGAGAAAUAUAUAUAUAUAUCCUCCUCUCAUAAUGCUAGAAUCCAGGUUCAUCUAAAGUGCUGAAUAAUGGAAGAUUCAGGGCAAAGAAAGUAUUUGAUCACAUAGUUAAAACUAUGGAGUUCACUCCCACAAGCGGCUAUGAUGACCACCAACUUGGAUGGCUUUAAAAGAAGAUUAGACAUAUUCAUGGAGGAAAGGGAUAUCAAUGACUACUAGAUGGGCCUUUGGCCUGACCCAGCAGGCUUUUCUUAUGUUCUUAUUAAGCUAACCACAAUUAACAUGUAUGUCAGUGAUCAUGUAACACUGCACCAUGGCUAGGUUGGAAAAGGGAAAGGAGGGGUAAUCUGCACACUGGGCAGAGGGAGAAGGAAUGUACAAGCCUGCAGGGCACUCCUGAUAUCCCGACAGACUGGAAACAUGAAGUCUGCAACAGGCCUUUGUUUUCUAGAAUCUCCCUCUUGGUAGAUCCAAUUCCCCACCUGCCCACACAACCAAUGAAAUGUGAAGCUUCAAUUUUUUUCAUUAUCACACACACCUCACUUCCUCAUUCAUUCCUUUCUUGUUCUGU